CACACCUUGAAUCACAAUUGAAAUCCAAACAUCAAUGCAGCCCCAGAGCCAUCGGAGCUGUAAGCGGGCAGUGAAGAGGAGGUCACACGUGGAUGUCCAGUCUUUGGCUAAGAGAAGCUCCAGCUGUGGCCUGGACCCCGUGGUGGUUCAGAGCACCAGACCCUGGCCGGUCUUCACUGUGGCUCACUCCGAACUGUCGCAGGCAGCCACGUCCCCUUGUGAUGUUGACAGCCCAAGAUCCUUGCAGAGACCGAGGAAGCUCCAGGCCCGCACAGUGGUCCAACACUGCACUCAUGCAAAGGUCAAGCUCAAACCAGCCAUGAACGGGACCGAUGCUCAGUGGGCCGAGAUCCAGGAGGGAAUGGUUGUGUACAUCUGCUUCUUUCAAGGCGCCACCGAGGCUGUCGUUGAACUGAUGGCGACUCGUCUCCUGACCGCAAAGCUUUUCCGAAAAGGGACCAGGCCAGUGGUUUCAAUUCUCGAUCUUCCAGGGAGCAUAUUAUUUAUCCCUCAGGACUCCCUCCUUGGAGAGCCAAUGCCUCGGGGUAAGAUGCAGUACAAGGGGAGGUGUGAACCCUGGUGGGGUGCCCAGCUCUACGGCAAAAUUGUGUCCGCCUGCAGGGAACGAGUGUCAGGCUCCCCGAAGUGCACCAAGGCAGGCGUGAAGGUGGAGCAGGGUGUCUACGGCCAGAAACAAGAAACUGUCCUGACCUCCGAGGAACCGCUGACACACCUGUUGGAAUUCUAAACUGCAGCUGUGUUCUAGUGGGACGGUCUGGCAUCUCCAAAAUGUGAAUGGACAAUAUAAUCCCUCAGUGUUGUACUCGAGUCUUGGCUCAAUGAACAUUUCGCUGACAUGUUGCAUCAGUUUUAGUUCUCUGCUUCGUUCGACUAUUUGGUCUUUGAUGGUUCCUCAACUUCUUCUAGGAUACAAACGUUGCCGAUGAUCCAUGUGAUGGAGUGUUGGUGGGUGGAGGCUCAUAUUGACAGAAAUUGGUUUGGUGAAGCUGUUCAUCUGAAUAAUUCAUUGUAGCACAUUCUUAAAGUCAACUCAGUGACACACCCAACAGUUUGGCUCUCAUUCGAAUCAAUGUAAAAAAUGUUGUCCAUCCUGCAAAGCGGAUCUGUCAAGCUCUGUUUGAGGAAAAAUGGAACUGACUUGAUGCAGAAAAUUCUUUAUUAUUCGUGAAACCAAAUAAUUCAAAUGGUCAUAAAAGCCUGUGGAGCAACACAUUAGAUGGCGUUUGAUAAUUAUAUCAGUUUCCGCUACUUGAUCUGAAAAAUAUGCCUUCAAUUAAAAUAGUUUCAUUGUAAAUUAAAAGCUAUCCAAUUAUUAACAGAAUUAAUAAUUACAUUGUUUACUGGAGCCAGACUGUUCAGGUUAUUGACAAACCAAUUACUGGUACUGAUAAUCAGUACUAACAGUCAACCCCAGGUCGAUAAAUCAGUCGACGCCAAAUUAAAUAUCAAUAUACAAUUCAUUUACUUUUUUUUUUGCCAGGAACUGUAUUUUCUAGUUUUUUUUUUUUUUUUAAAUAGACCUUUACUAAUACUCACCAGUUUGCCCAUCCACAGCCUGCUUUGUUUUAGAAAUAUCAGAAUGCCAGUUUUAGAAAAAUGACUUUUUUUUAAUAAAGAAUGAGGAUCAUAAAUGAACACCUUCAACUCUAUGCUUUAAUACCUGACUUGUUGCAGUUUGUGCCUAACUUUGAAUCUUUCUGGCUCUGAAAUUUACUGAUAAUUAAAAACUUUUUAGUGACGUUCCAGCAGAAUAGUACCCCCACCCCCUGAAAAAGCUUUUGAUAAUUGGUGUAAAUACUGAGGCUGCCACAUUUUGUGCGCUGGACUUUAACAACAACAACACGCUACAUAUUAAAUGUCAAGCACCCAAGUUACAAUCAGUGCAACAUUGCAACAAACUGAAAACUAAGCUGUACUUCAAAUGUAAAUAUGUUUAUGCAUUAAAAAAAAAGCCACAUUUCAGUAAGAGAACAAAUGGUCCAGCGAGCCUUAACACUGUAGUUGUAUGUGCUGAAAAGAUGUAGAUUUUGGGUGUGCAACUUUUUCUAUGUUUCAAAAAUAUCUGUAGAGUUGAGAAAAUUCUUCAAUAAACAUGUUUAGUUUAUUUAAAUAGUG